CUAUGUCUUCUCAGGCCUUCAGCAUUAUCCAACAGAUGCCAUCAUAUUAUCUGGUUGCCGGAACUCUAUUCGUCGGUUUUGUAGCAGUCAAUACCAAAUCCCUACCGCUAGCCUACACAGUUCGACUCGCCCCAUCUAUAUGUCGAUUGUUGAAGGCCAAGUGGUCUGGGCCAAAAAACAAGGCUUCUCAAAGCGCAUCGGCGCAUUCGCCUAACUCGACACCGACAAAUCCGCCCCAUGCCGCGCGGCCGACUCUUUUCAAGUAUUGCACUUUCCAAUCCACAGCAGUGGCGUUAGAUUUGGAUAUCAACAUCCAUAAAUCUAACAGCACCUUUUUCUCCGAUGCAGAUAUUAGCCGCGCCGAGCUCAUAACAGGUCUCUUGAGUCAAUCGCUAGCCGACAUGGGAUCGCCUGCGUUCAUUUUGGCCGGAGUGCAAUGCAAAUUCCAAAGAGAGAUUCGCCCCUACCAGCGCUAUGACGUUUCAUCUCGCAUCCUGGCUUGGACAGACAAAGCAAUGUACGUAGUCACGUAUUUCACGAAGCCUGGGACAAAGAUUGGGGGAGAUCCAGACCUCCUAGGUGGACCUCAGAACUUGGCGACGGAUGUUCAACUGCGCAGGACAUUAUUUGCGACGUUGGUGUCGAAAUAUGUCUUCAAGGCGGGAAGGAUUACCGUGGCGCCCGAGCACAUCUUCCAAGAAGCGGGUCUCCUUAUAGAGGCUGAUGGUAAAGUCGGAACUGUGGGGAUUGAUGGAUUGAUCGGCAGUGAGAAAGUUGGCGCGAUAGUGCAAGUUGGCUUGAGUUACAUUGCACAUUGUAUGGAGUAG